AUGGCCGACGAUGAUCGUCCCUCCGAGGAGGGCAUGCAGACCGGCUUCCCUCUAGACCCGUCCUCAUUCGAUGCCGAUCCCCGAGUUUCUUGGUCGAAACUCGACAAUAAGUUCAUCCUCGAAACCGAAGAAGGCAAUGAAUUCGAAUGGGACACCGCCCUGAAAAGAUGGAUUCCAGUGCUUGACCAGUCAUUAUUGGACCAACAAGGCGAAAUCUACAAGAUUGCAGGUAUCGACGAGAAUGCGACGACGACUUCACAGAAGAAGAAACGGAAGCAACUGAAUGGCGACGAGUCCGGCAACAAAUCCAAGAAACCUCGAGUUAAUACCGCUGUUUACGUGACCUCAAUACCUCUCGAUGCCGACCAAGACGAAAUCCAGCACGUCUUUUCCAAAUGCGGCGUCAUCGCAGAAGAGAUCGACUCCGGCAAGCCACGCAUAAAGAUGUACGAGGAUGACAAGGGUCGGUUCAAAGGCGACGCGCUUGUGGUCUACUUCAGGCCCGAAUCAGUCAAUCUCGCGGUUCAGAUGCUUGACGAUACAGAUUUCCGGCUGGGAACAGAAGGGCCAAUGGGCAGGAUGAGAGUCCAAGCAGCGGAUUUCUCGUACAAGAGUCAACAAGAUGUUCCAACAAAGACAAGCAGGAGAGAACAGAAGAAGAUCAUCCAGAGAACACAAAAGAUGAACGCCAAACUCAUGGAUUGGGACGAUGAUGACCCGCAAGCACUGCAGGAGACAAGCUCUAGGUGGGACAAGGUUGUCAUUCUGAAACAUAUGUUCUCACCCCAGGAGCUAGAGGCAAACCCUGCAGCGAUGCUCGAAAUCAAAGAAGACAUCCGAGAAGAAUGUGCGAAGCUCGGAAAUGUCACAAACGUAGUCCUCUUCGACAAGGAAGCAGAAGGCGUUGCAAGCGUGCGCUUCUCUGACGCACAGGCUGCCGCCGCUUGUGUCAAACUCAUGAAUGGAAGAUGGUUCGACGAAAGACGGCUGGAGGCGUACGUUGCGACAGGUCGCGAAAAGUUCAAGAAAUCGAGCGAUAAGAAGGUUGGCUUUGAGGACGAGGAGGAGGAAGAAGAUGAAGCGGGGGAAGGCGGCCGAUUGGACAAGUUUGGCUCGUGGUUGGAGCAAGAGAAAUGA